UACAAGCAUCAAGUCUGCUAAUAAUACUAGAAGAUGGCAGUAGAAAAAGCUUUUAUUGUUUCACAUAAGGAACCAGAGCUCCUGGGACCAGCCAAACCUACGCCCCAAGAAACAAAGGAAUUAUCAGACAUAGAUGACCAAAAAGGUCUGAGGUUCCAUUUCUGCAUGAUUAUGUUCUAUAGGGCAAAUCCCAUCAUGAAAGCAAAGGACCCUGUGGAAACCAUUAGAGAUGCAGUAGCUAAAGCCCUUGUAUGGUACUACCCUCUUGCAGGUCGCCUCAUUCAAGGCGCUAAGGAUAAGUUCAUGGUGGAUUGUAGUGCUCAAGGGAUUUCGUUUAUCGAAGCAGAUUGCAAUUUCAGCUUGGAAGAUCUUGGUGAUGCUAUUAAACCGCCAUGUUUGUAUUCCAAAGAGUUUUUGUAUGAAGUGCCUGGAUCUGAUGAAAUGCUCGGUUGCCCCUUGAUGAUAGUUCAGGUUACGAGGUUGAUUUGUGGAGGAUUCGUGGUGGCUAUACGUGUAAACCAUGUUCUAACUGAUGGAUUAGGUUUAUCACAAUUUGUGAAAGCUGUGAGAGAAUUAGCUCAAGGUGCAUCUUCACCUUCAACUAAACCUAUCUGGAAUAGAGAAUUAUUGACUGCAAAAAAUCUUCCAUUCCAAAUCACAUAUCACCACCCUGAAUAUGGCGUUGUGAGCCACGAAAACGACCCAACAAUGGACCACCAAAAUUUGGUUUCUCACUCCUUCUUUUUUGGCCCCAAAGAGCUAAAAGCCAUCCGCCGGAAACUCCCGCCGGAGGCUCGCCGGAGCUCAAAGUUCGACGUGAUCACCGCCUGCAUUUGGAGGUCUCGAACCCGGGCCUUGAAGGUGAAACGUGACGAGCAAGUAAGCAUUGCAUGCAUGGUUAAUAUACGCAACAAAAGCCCCGUCCCGCUCCCGAACGGAUAUUACGGCAACGAAGCCAUCACGCCGGCGGCGGCGACGGACGCCGGAAGUUUAUGCGAAAAUCCGUUGGAGUAUGCGGUGGAGUUGGUGGAGAAAGCUAAGGAGAAAGUGGACGAGGAUUAUGUUAAAUCGGUGGUUAAUUUCAUGGAUUUGAAGGGGCGGCCGACGAUUUUGAGGUCGGAGAGAAACUAUGUUGUUUCGGAUUCGUCGAAGUUGGGGUUUGAUGGAGUGGAUUUUGGGUGGGGGAAGCCGGUGUACGGCGGCACCAUGGAGGGAGGAUCCGGGAAUAAUAGCAUUUAUGCUCCUUACCGGAAAACCGACGGAGAAGCCGGCGUUUUGGUGCCGGUUUUUCUGCCGCCGGCGGCGAUGAAGAGGUUUGAAGUGGAGCUUGAAAAGUUGAUAGCUAUGGAGAGUGGUGAAUUUUUAGAGCCAUCAAAACCAUUUAUUAAUUCUGCUCUCUAAACCAGCUUGAUUAGUGUGAGAAUCAACUUGAUUGGUGUCAGUUGGCGUGUCCUCUUUUCCACCUGCCCAAUGCAGACAUAAAUUAGGUGGCUUAAUCAGCUUGAUUGGUGUCAGUUGUCGUACCCUCUUUUCCUCUAACCCAAUGCAGACAUAAAUUAGGUGGCUUAACCAGCUUGAUGGUGUCAGUUGUCGUACCCUCUUUUCCUCUAACCCAAUGUAGACAUAAAUUAGGUGGCUUAACCAGCUUUAUGGUGUCAGUUGUCAUACCCUCUUUUCCUCUAACCCAAUGCAGACAUAAAUAUAAUUAGGUGGCUUAACCAGCUUGAUUGGUGUCAGUUGCCGCCAUACCCUCUUUUCCUCUAGCCCAAUGCAGACAUAAAUUAGGUGACUUAACCAGCUUGAUGGUGUCAGUUAUCGUACCCUCUUUUCCUCUAGCCCAAUGCAGACAUAAAUUAGGUGGCUUAACCAUCUUUAUUGAUAUGAGUGACUGUAUACUCUUCUCCAGCCCAAUGCAAACAUGAAUGGGGUGCCCUCCAAAAGCCACCUACUUUCCCUUUGCUUAUUUUGUUGUGUUUGGUAGAAACUACUGUAAACUUUAAUGAUAAUGUUGGAUCAAUUAAUGUAUGUACUAUAACUACCUACUUGCAUUCUCCUAACAAAAAGCAUUAACAUCGUGUCAUAAA